AUGUCUCGAACAUCAAUAAGUCCGAGACGAGAAUCAAGAGAAUCAAUAUCAUCUUCAUCGUCUCCACAACCAUAUAAAGAUGAAAAUACAACAGAAACUCCAAUAAUAUCAACAGAAUCACAACAACAUACAGAAAAAUUCAAAGAAGCAGAUGCAGGAGAUGGAACAAAAGCUCAUGAACAACAUUUAACAGGUUUACAAUUAGUGCUAACGAUUUUUUCAGGUAUAAUUUCAUUAUUUUUAGUAGCAUUAGAUCAAACUAUAGUUUCAACAAUUUUAACAACUGUUGGAGAUAAAUUUAAUGCAUUUGAAAAAGUUGGAUGGCUUACUUCCGGGUUUAUGUUACCUAUGGCUUGUUUAGUUCCUUCAUAUGGGAAAAUUUCAAUUGCUUUUGGUAGAAAACAAACUUUAUUAGCUGGAAUUGUAAUUUUUGAAAUUGGUUCAUUAAUUGCUGCACUUAGUAAUUCUAUGGAUAUGCUUAUAGCAGCCCGUUGUGUACAAGGUUUAGGUGGUGGAGCAGUACAGCUGACAGUGUUGAUCAUCUUGACGGAAGUCGUUCCUAUCACUAAAAGAUCUUUAGUUUUUGCUUUUAUAAGUUUGACUUGGAGUGUUUCAUCAGUUCUUGGGCCAGUGAUUGGAGGGGCUUUGUCUAAAGUUACUUGGAGAUGGUGUUUUUUUAUUAAUUUACCUAUUGGAGGAGUAGCAUUUGUGCUUUUGAUAUUUUUUUUCAAUCCUCCAAAAAUUUCUGGAAAUUUUAGAGAAAAAAUUAACAAGAUUGAUUUCGUGGGAACUUUUUUUUUGACUUCUGGAUUAAUAUUAGUAUUAUUAGCAUUAACCUUUGGAGGUAUUGAAUUUGCUUGGAAUUCACCUGCUAUAAUUUGUUUAUUUGUUAUUGGUGGAGUUUUAUUAAUUUGUUUUGGGAUAUGGAAUUUUAGGUAUUCACAAAAUCAAAUCAUAUAUACUGAGUUUAUUAAAUCACCAGCUAUAAUGAUGGCAGUUAUUAGUGCUGCUUUUAAUUUUGGAUUUUUUAUUAGUAAUUUAACUUAUUUAGCUAUUUAUUUCCAAGUGGUGCAUCAUGCUAGUCCAUUACAAUCUGGGAUUGAUUUAUUACCCUUGGUGAUUACUGUUGCUGUUGCAUCUAUGUGUAAUUCGUUUUUUAUAAAUUUUACAAGAAGAGUUAAAUGGACAAUGAUAUUAUCUGGAGUUUUAGCACCAGUGGGGACUGGAUUGUUUUUGUUAUUAGAUAAACAAUCAAGUUUGGGUGUUAGAUUUGGAAUCUUAAUUGUGUUGGGUAUUUCAAUUGGGUUACAAUUUCAAAGUUCAUUGUUGAGUGCUCAAUUAGGUGCACCAAAAGACAAACCAGGUGCUCUCAUUAUGGUUACUGUAUUUGUUAAUUUUAUGAGAAAUGUUGCAUCAACUAUUACUGUUACUAUAGGUCAAUUGUUGUAUCAAUUAACUGGAACUGCAUAUUUACAAAAUUUACAACGAAAAAUUACCAACAAUUUUGAUGGAUAUAAUGAAUUAAAGAAUAUUCCACCAAAGGUAUUGAUAUCAAAUCCAAGGACAAUUAAUGAGUUACCACCACAAGCUGAGUCAUUAGUGUUGGAUCAAAUAAUGAAAGCUUUGAAAAAUGUAUUUUAUUUCGGUUUAGCAUUGGCUGUUGUUUGUUUCGUUACCUCUUUAUUUACAACUACCAAAAAGAUACCGAAGAAGCAAGAUUCAAAACCGCAAGAGGAAAAAGAUGAAGCCGAGAAGAAGAAUGGAGUCGAAGAAGUAGAGCUGAGCAAUAAUGAAGGGAGAUUACCAGAGAACGAGAAGACAGUAUUAAAAAAUAAAACAACAACUUAA